ACCAAGACUGGAACAGACGAAUCAGAAUGUUUGUGAAGAUCUCAAUAAUAGUAGUGCUCACUUCUCUGCCCGCCUUGGCCUUUGUCGCUGUAGAGCCCUGGAAUUCAAUACCACCACAUAUAGAUCGACGCGUUGUGGGUGGUUCUCCGGCUUUAUUUGAGGCGUAUCCUUGGCAAGUUUCGCUGCAGUUUUAUGACAGGCACUUCUGUGGUGGCAGCCUAAUUGAACCAGAUUUGGUUCUAACCGCCGCCCACUGCAUGCUCGGGAUGGAAAGCAAUGUAGACCAUCUGGGGAUCAGAGCUGGCAGCAUUAUCAAAUACUCUGGCGGAAGUAGUGUCGGCAUUAAGGCCUUUACGACGCACCCUAAAUACAAUUUAUAUGACAAAAUGAACGAUGUGGCUCUGAUCAGACUCAAGUCGAAGCUCGAGUUAAGCAACUCCAUUAAAACGAUUAAGCUAGCCACCAGCACGCCUAAACAUGGCGCCCCUGCCAUCGUCUCCGGCUGGGGCACUACCAGCUUCCAUGGAAGUCGUCCUAACAAUCUGCUCUAUAUCAAUACCUUCAUUGUGGGCCGUGAGCAAUGCGCCAGUCCCCAAUAUAGCUAUGGCGCCAAGAUACAGGAGACUAUGAUCUGUGCCGCAUCUCCCGGUAAGGACGCCUGCCAGGGCGACUCCGGCGGACCCCUUGUAUCUGGCGGCGAGCUGGUUGGCGUCGUUUCGUGGGGCACAAAUUGCGCCAAAGACGAAUAUCCGGGCAUCUACGCUGAUGUGGCGAUGCUACGCGAUUGGAUCAUCGAAACGGCGAAAACACUUUAGCGCAAACAAAGCUGAUUUUAGAUAAACUAAUGAAGUACAUAUUCAAUAUAUAAGUGGCCAAAGCAUUCUGGAUUAUAACUAUAUUCCAGACUUGCAAUGAAUGAAUAAAUAGGAGAGGGCUUUGAAAACGGUGCUGUAUAAUGCGACCCCGAAUUGUCCACUCA